AUGCCCGAGGAAGUGAUUCCAGAGCCAGCUGUGGAGCAGGAACUGGAGGAAGUCGUAGUAGAGGAGCCUAGAAAGAGGAAGGACGAUAAGAGGAAGAUCGAUUCAUCCAUAUCUGUGCCUAUGCCUUUUCCUCAGAAGGUUCACAUCAAUAUACCAUUGGUGGAGGAGUUGCAGGAGAUGCCGCAGUAUGCCAAGCUCUUCAGGGAUAUUAUCUCACGCAAGAAGAGAUUGGGGGAAUUUGAGAUAGUAAACCUCAAUGAAGAGUGCAGCGCGAUUUUGCCGAGGAAGUUGCCAGGGAAGCUCAAGGAUUCGGGCAGCUUUACUAUUUCCUGCAUUAUUGGAGGCCAGCAUUUUGGGAAGGCACUCUGCGAUUUGGGGGCGAGCAUCAAUCUCAUGCCCCUAUCUAUUUUUCAGCGGCUGGCCAAUGAAGAGAUGAAGCCGACGUCGAUUCCUUUGCAUAUGGCGGAUAGGACUAUCCCGUUGAUUCUUGGGAGACCGUUCUUGGCCACGGGACGAGCUUUGAUUGAUGUGGCCAAUGAAGAGCUCACCUUGAGGGUGAAUGAUGAGAGCCACACCUUCUCCAUAUAUCGUGCUUUGAAGUUUUACGAUGAGAAGGAAGCUACUGACAUGGUGGAGUGCAAGCUGUUGAGCAUAGUUGAAUCUUACGACACCUCGUUUACAUGGAAGGGUCUUGGUGACCCUCUUGAGGCUUGCAUCUCUCGAUCCAUUUUCUCUACUAAUUUUGAUUUCUCUCUUGAUUUGCAUCCUUAUUCUCAUGAGUUGUUUGAGUGUUGCAGUGCGUUGGAUAGCAAAGUAGAGUUUCCAAAGAGGAAGGGACGAUUUCUAGAGCUGCGCACCGAGGAGGAGAAGAAGAAGAUGAAGGAAGAAAAGGGGGCUGCUUCAAAGCUUGAGUUGAAUCUGUUGCCGGAUCACUUACGAUACGCCUUCCUAGGUAAUGGUGAGACGUAUCCGGUAAUUGUAUCAGCUUACAUUUCCCCGUCUGAAUUAGAUUCGUUGUUGCAUGUGUUGAGAAAGCAUAAGUCUUCUAUUGGUUGA